CAGUCCAACGUUAUAAUUUUCCGUUAUAUAAACAACUCCUGAGUCCUGAAUUUCAUUGUCGGGGCACGAGAAAGGCUCUUCACUCCUCUCGACCACUUUCUUCGGUUACUAGCCCCUCUCAGCGCCGGGCCGAUCACGGCGGAAUAUCUCCGAUAAGAUCUGUGCUGAUCUCGGUGACGUUCGGUAGUUUCCUCUCUUCGAAAUUGUUACAACGAAGCAUUCUCUAGCCGCCCCUUCUAUUUUGCAGAAUAUGAGCAGCUUAGUCGAGAGACUUCGUGUCAGAUCAGAUCGAAGGCCAAUUUAUAAUUUAGAGUCAUCGGAUGAUGACGCUGAUUUUGUGCAUGGAAAAUCUGGGUCUAAGCAGGAAAAAGUUGAAAAGAUAGUGAGGGAUGAUGCGAAAGAGAAUUCAUGCCAAGCCUGUGGAGAAGGUGGGGAUCUUCUGCAUUGCGAGACAUGUAACUACAUCUACCAUUCAAAGUGUCUGACUUCACCAUUGAGAGCUCCGCAUCUCGUCGGCUGGAGAUGCCCAGAAUGUGUGAGUCCUCUUAAUGAAAUUGACAAGAUAUUGGAUUGUGAAAUGCGCCCUACAGUUGCUGAUGACAGUGAUGCUUCCAAGCUAGGCUCAAAGCAAAUUUUUGUGAAACAGUAUCUUGUGAAGUGGAAGGGAUUAUCUUAUCUGCACUGCACUUGGGUGCCUGAGAAAGAGUUUGUAAAAGCCUUUAAAGCCAAUCCUCGACUGAAGACUAAAGUGAACAACUUUCAUCGUCAAAUGGCAUCCAACAAUAACAAUGAAGAUGAUUAUGUUGCCAUUCGACCUGAAUGGACUACUGUUGAUCGGAUUAUUGCUUUCAGGGGGACCGAUGAUGAGAAGGAGUAUCUUGUCAAGUAUAAAGAACUUUUUUACGAUGAAUGUUAUUGGGAAUUUGAAUCAGAUGUUUCUGAGUUUAAGUCUGAAAUUGAAAGGUUUAAUAGAAUUCAGACAAGGUCUCACAGGCCAUCUUCAAAUAAGCAGAAGGGCAUUGUUCGAGAUGCCAUGGAAUCCAAGAAAACAGCAAAAGAAUUCCAACAGUGUGAAAAAAGUCCUGAAUUUAUUUCUGGAGGUUCGCUUCAUCCAUAUCAGCUUGAAGGGCUGAAUUUCUUGCGUUUCUCUUGGUCUAAACAAACACAUGUGAUACUAGCUGAUGAGAUGGGUCUUGGUAAAACUAUACAGAGCAUUGCAUUUUUAGCAUCUCUUUUUGAAGAAAAUAUCUAUCCGCACUUAGUAGUAGCUCCCCUCUCAACACUUCGAAAUUGGGAACGUGAAUUUGCAACGUGGGCACCACAAAUGAAUGUUGUUAUGUAUGUUGGAUCUACACAAGCUCGUGCUGUUGUAAGGGAACAUGAAUUUUACUUUCCUAAAAAGCACAAGAAGAUUAAGAAAAAGAAAUCUGGACAUAUUGUAACUGAGAGUAAGCAGGAGAGGAUAAAAUUUGAUGUGCUCCUUACAUCUUAUGAGAUAAUAAACAUGGACACUGCAUCGCUGAAGCCAAUAAAGUGGGAGUGCAUGAUUGUUGAUGAAGGUCAUCGGCUCAAAAAUAAGGAUUCAAAAUUGUUUCAUUCACUAAAGCAAUAUUCAAGUGAACAUCGUGUGCUUUUGACUGGAACUCCUCUGCAGAACAAUUUGGAUGAACUUUUUAUGCUUAUGCACUUCCUUGAUGCUGGGAAGUUCGAGAGUUUAGAGGAGUUUCGGGAAAAGUUUAAGGAUAUCAAUCAAGAGGAGCAGAUUUUGAGACUUCAUGAGAUGUUAGCACCCCAUCUCUUACGAAGAGUCAAGAAAGACGUCAUGAAAGAACUACCCCCUAAGAAGGAGCUUAUAUUGCGUGUUGAAUUAAGCAGCAAGCAGAAAGAGUACUAUAAGGCGAUUCUGACUCGUAACUAUGAAAUUCUAACUCGGCGUGGGGGUGCACAGAUAUCCCUCAUCAAUGUGGUGAUGGAGCUGCGCAAGGUCUGUUGUCAUUCUUACAUGUUAGAAGGAGUUGAACUGGAUAUAGAAGAUGCUAAUGAAUCUUACAGACAGCUCCUUGACUCUUCUGGUAAAAUGCAACUUUUGGACAAAAUGAUGGUGAAGCUUAAAGAGCAAGGACAUAGAGUUCUCAUUUAUUCGCAAUUUCAGCAUAUGCUGGACCUACUAGAGGACUACUGUAGUUAUAAGAAAUGGCAAUAUGAGCGGAUAGAUGGGAAGGUGGGUGGAGCUGAGAGACAAAUACGCAUAGAUCGAUUUAAUGCCAAAAAUUCUUCAAGAUUCUGCUUUCUGCUUUCCACUAGAGCUGGAGGCUUGGGAAUAAACCUUGCAACUGCUGAUACUGUCAUCAUAUAUGACAGUGACUGGAAUCCCCAUGCAGACCUACAAGCUAUGGCUAGAGCUCACCGACUUGGACAGACUAACAAGGUGAUGAUUUUUAGGCUUGUAACACGUGGAACCAUUGAGGAAAGAAUGAUGCAGAUGACUAAGAAGAAAAUGAUUUUAGAACAUCUUGUGGUUGGGAAGCUGAAGACACAAAAUAUUAACCAGGAAGAGUUAGAUGACAUCAUCAGGUAUGGUUCAAAAGAGCUAUUUGCCAACGAGAAUGAUGAAGCAGGAAAAUCACGCCAAAUUCAUUACGAUGAUGCUUCCAUAGACAGAUUACUUGAUCGUGAACAAGUUGGAGAUGAAGAGGCAUCUCUGGAUGAUGAAGAGGAUGAUGGAUUUCUGAAGGCGUUCAAGGUAGCAAACUUUGAAUACAUUGACGAAGUCACGGCUGCUGCAGAGAAAGAGGCUCAGAAGGUUCCCAUUGAAGAUAAAUCUACCUCUAGCAAUCUUGAAAAAACAGAUUACUGGGAGGAGUUGUUGAGAGAUAGAUUUGAAAUUCACAAAGUGGAGGAGAUCAAUUCCAUGGGCAAAGGAAAGAGAAGCCGUAAGCAGAUGGUAUCUGUUGAAGAAGACGACCUUGCUGGUCUGGAAGAUGUAAGCUCUGACGGUGAGGAUGAUAACUAUGAAGGUGAAUUGACUGAUGGUGAAACAGCUUCAUCUGGGAUUCAGGGUGGAAGAAAGCUCCAUAGAAAGAGAGCUCGUGCAGAUAGCACCGAACCAAUUCCGCUCAUGGAGGGUGAAGGAAGGUCAUUCAGGGUUUUGGGUUUCAAUCAAAAUCAGAGAGCUGCCUUUGUACAAAUUCUAAUGAGGUUUGGGGUUGGGGACUUCGAUUGGAAGGAGUUUGUACCUCGCUUAAAGCAGAAGACCUACGAAGAAAUACAUGAAUACGGGAAACUAUUCCUGACUCACAUUGCUGAAGAUGUAACGGAUUCGCCUACUUUUUCAGACGGUGUUCCUAGAGAAGGACUUAGAGUACAAGAUGUACUUGUUAGGAUUGCAAUACUAAUGCUUAUAACAGAUAAGGUGAAGUCAUCAUUGGAGAAGCCAGGUGCUCCCCUUUUUUCCAAUGACAUUCUGCUGCGUUACCCAGGAUUGAAGGGUGGAAGAUCUUGGAAAGCGGAGCAUGAUUUAUUUUUACUGCGUGCUGUGUUGAAGCAUGGGUAUGGGAGAUGGCAGGCUAUCGUUGAUGAUAAGGACUUGAAGAUUCAGGAAAUCAUUUGUCAAGAGUUGAAUCUUCCCUUUAUAAAUAUUGCUAACCUAGGGCAACCCAGUUCUGAAGGACAAAAUGGUGCAAAUACAACAAACAUGGAAGGACCUAGCAACCCGAGUCCUGAAAAUGAAAGCUUGCAUAAUGCAACUGCUGAAGUUCCCCAAGGAACUGCUGUUCCUAGCCAUUCACAGUUGUACCAAGAUUCUUCUGCAUUAUAUCGUUUUAGAGAUAUGCAGAGGAAACAGGUCGAGUUUAUCAAAAAACGGGUGCAACUUUUGGAGAAAGGGCUCUCUGCUGAGGAGCAAAAAGUAUAUUUUGGUGCAGAAAGAUCUAACGAGGUUACUGGUGAAGAGCCUGACAAUGAACCAAGGGUCUCAGCUGCAGCAGACUUGAGCGCAAUUGAGAUUGAUAACCCAUUGAUCAGUCGGUUGCCAAAAAUGAAAGCAAUGACACUAGAAGAAAUAUCGGCAGCCACUUGCGAUGAUGAUCAAGAUCGAUUGGAAUUGGCUCGGCUUUAUAACAAGCUUUGUAAGAUAAUGGAGGAGAACGAUUAUGAAUCACUUCAGACAUCCUUGAACAAUCAACCAGCAAGUCUCAAGUUGAAGCAGAAGUUGUAUCCACUGGAAGCCAUUUGUGGUGAGAUAAAUAGAGUCCUCUCACUGCUAAAGAAAAGUCCCAUCUCAGACCAGCCAACGCAAAACCCAAACCAGGAAGUACAAGUCGCAUCGAAGAGGGAGAUCGCAGAAGCUCCUGCUGUGACAGCUACUGAAAUGAUGGAUUUGAAUACAGAAUGUGAGACAAAGAAAGAAAGUAGCACAUCAAUUGAGUCGGACCCAGAAGAGUUUCUCGAGGAAACUUCCAGCCCACCAACUGAUGUUCCUCUACCGAAAAACCCAAGUUCAAUAGAGAGAACUCAAACUGAUGCAGCUGCAAGUGACGAUGGGGAGGAACAGAAAUCUGAAACGGGGGUCAUUGUCUUGGAUGAUUAAUGCCUAUCAAUGGCAUUUUGAAAUAGUGACAUCUAGCUUGCAUUGUCCAGUGACAUGUAUAGCUAUCAAUCAAGAACAAUUUAUUAGUGCUCUUACAAGUUCCUUCAUUCAAUAGCCAUGAGCAAUUUUGAUAAUUGCUUUGAAGAAUUCGGGAUUCUUGAUGGCUACGACUUUGUUAAGACCAAUUGAGGCAAUGAUGCAGGGAAAGAAAAGUUGCCGAAGCCAUCAUCGAGGGAAAUUAACUUUGUCAGGUUGCAGGAACUAACCAGAGGAAGAUAGUUUGUUGUAGUUUUUAGCUGCAUUUAUCAUUGAGAUCUGCCGGAUUAAGUUGGAUUGUGACUUGAAGUUGCAAGUGUAUUUACGCUCUAAUCCAACAUUACUAGCAAAGUUGGAACUUUGGAUUAUUUUCCAUUCCUAGGAUGUGGUUAUGGCUUCAUGACACACUAUUUAACCCUAUAUGCGGACUCACUGCUUUCACAUGUUCUAAAGUGAGAAGGGGUAUUUAUUCUAUGCCCUUGUGUGAAAAAA